AUGGGGCGCACGGUCGAUCAGGAAGUGCACGCGGCGUUCGUCGAGUUCCGCGCCAAGGAAGACGAUAAGUGUCUCUCCGUCCAGUGCAUCUACUGCCAGCAGAUUCGCGCCAAAAACACCUCCCGCCAGAAGCAGCAUCUCCUCGAGUGUCCGGGCCUCCGCGGCCACCCCAACGCUCCUCAGCCGCAGGGCACUGCGCCUGGUCCGAACGGCAUCGGCCCCGCCAACGGAUACAAUGCAACACCAAAUGGCCCUGCGGCCACCGCGCCUGGAGCUGGCCCUGGGCCGGCAGCAGGGACGAUUGGGAACCCUAACGGGCCCAUGAUGUCAAACGGAGUGAACCCUCCCAUCCAGGCCCCGCUGCAGAACAUGCAGAACCGCCCGUCGCUGCCCGCGCCAGGAGCUGCGCAAGGUACCAGCGGCACGUCCUCCGGCCCUGUAACCCAGCAGCGUUCUACCAAAUCGAAGAACCGACAGAGCACUUCGAACCUCCCGGCGCCGCCGCUCGAUGAUGUCCAUGCUGCGUUUGUUGAAUUCCGUGCCAAGGAGGAAGACAAGGUCCGCGCGAAGAACACUAGCCGGCAGCGUCAGCACCUGCUGGAAUGCCCAACCUACCUGAAUGUCAUGAAGGACUCUAUCCCGGCCAACAAUCUUCUCCACACCUUCCCCGAGGGUGACAUUGCCCGUUCCCUGCAGAUUCCAGUGCCAUCUCUGGAGCUGGAUUUCCGGUUGAGUCUCAAGAUCAACCCGAAGCCUGGAGGCCAAUCUUCCGAGCUCACGGUCAAGGAGUUGGCCACCCAAGUCAGUUAUACCUUCAUGCUUCAGACGGGGGAUGAGAACCCGGGUUAUAUUGCCGUCAAGGCCACGGCUGGCUGA